AUGUCUGAUUCCGGUCAGCUCGAAGAGUCAAGGCUGUUGGAUGGUGCGUCGUCAGAAAGGCUCGAGAGACAUGUAACAACUAGUGGCUUCAUUCGCGAUGCCAUCAUUGGUCUUGCAGAUGGCCUAACAGUACCCUUCGCAGUUACUGCUGGCUUAUCUUCAAUUGGGUCAACAAAACUUGUCAUUCUUGGUGGGCUGGCAGAAUUAUUUGCCGGGUCCAUCAGUAUGGGCUUGGGUGCAUAUCUUGCCACGAUUACAGAUGCCCAGCACUUCCAUGUCGAGGAAGCUCGGGAGCAGCGUCAGGUUACAGGGACUCCGCACUUCGAAGGCGAAAUUUUGGUAGCAAUGUUCACAAAAUAUGGACUCAGCAGAGAAGAAAUAUUACCCAUCCUCCAGAGUUUUAGGCAGAACCCAGAAUCGUGGGUCAAAUUCAUGAUGGACUUUGAACUUAAGCUUGAGCGCCCAAGCUGGUCUCGACCGUGGAUAUCUGCUCUCACAAUGGGAAUGGCAUAUUUCAUAGGCGGGCUGAUCCCCAUGAUUCCUUAUUUCGGUGUCGAGGACCUCAGUAUGGCACUGGUCAUUUCAAUUGGAGCUACAGCUAUUAUGCUUUCUGUAUUCGGAUAUGUCAAAUCCUUGGUUACUGGAGUUGGUUAUUGUUCCGCCUUCCACGGAUCGUUAGAGACUCUUUUUGUUGGAGCCGUUGCCGCGGGUGCUAGUUAUGGUAUUGUAAGGACUGUAAAUGAUUGGUUUAAGGUAGAAUAA